CUCCCUGAACGGGCCCAAUGACCUUCUUCCCUCCUGCUGACCACUCCCUGGGGCUGGCUCCCCUCAGCUCACAAACAACCCAGCCCAAGAGGCGGCUUGAAUUCCUGCAGUCGCCACUGGUGCUGCUCCCACUCAGCAGGAGGAAAGGUCUCCAAGAAGGGCUGGCCAGGUGCAGACCCCGGCCAUGCUGGCUUUGCUGUGUGGCUGCCUGCUUCUGGCAGCCCCAGCCGUGCACACCCUGAGCGUCACGGACCUGGCGAAGCCCAGCCCCGAGCUGAUGGAGCAGAUCCACGACAUGCACACCAAGGUGACAGACAUCUGGCAGGAGCUGACGCAGUGGCGGGAGGCCGCCGGCGGGCCAGACGUGGGGCUCCACGCAGUGUGCCACAUGCAGCCAUCCGCCACUCUGGACGCCGAGCAGCCCCGCGUGAGCGGCCUGGUCCUCUUCCGGCAGCCCGGGCCCGGGGCCAGGCUCGAAGCCUUCUUCGACCUGGAGGGCUUCCCCGAGGAGGCCAACAGCUCCAAACGCGCCAUCCACGUGCACCGGUUCGGCGACCUGAGCCAGGGCUGCGACUCCACCGGGCCCCACUACAACCCGCUGUCCGUGCCGCACCCGCAGCACCCUGGCGACUUCGGCAACUUCGUCGUGCGCGACGGCCGCCUCUGGAAGUACCAGGCCGGCCUCCCCGCCUCGCUGGCCGGCCCUCACUCCAUCGUGGGCCGCGCCGUGGUGGUCCACGCCGGCGAGGACGACCUCGGCCGCGGCGACACCCCGGCCAGCGUGGAGAACGGCAACGCGGGGCCCAGGCUCGCCUGCUGCGUGGUGGGCGCGGGGGGCCCCGAGGCCUGGGCGCGUCAGGCGCGGGAGCACGCGGAGCGCAAGAAGAGGCGGCGCGACAGCGGGCGCAAGACAGCAUAGGCCUGCGGGCUCCAGCGCGCAUCAGGAGCCCACCGCCCGCCCUGCCCAGGACACCCCACGCACCCCGGCUCCCCAGCGCCCUACCCUCGCCAAACACCUGGGCACCCGGAGACCCCUUUGAGCCCCGAGAGUCCUCCCUGCCAGGACAACCACGUGAGACACAACACACCCCACGGGCCCCUCCCAGGACACCCCAACACGCUCUCCUGCACCCCCAGAGGCCUCCAACCCAGUCACAUUCGUGUGCCCCCAAAGCCCUCCCUUCCAGGACACCCCCUCCCGCGCACUCGGAGACCCUCGGAGCGGAGACACCCCCGUACACUCCCCUGUGCCCCAAGACCCCCACUAGGACACUCCUGCCCACCAGAGUGUCCUCCCUGCCUAGACAACCAUGUGCACCCGAGACCCCCGCGUACCCGGAGACCCCUCCGUGCCCAGAACACCCCAGUGUACCCCAAGGGUCCUCCCCACCCGGACACCCUCAUGAACCCGCAGAGCGUCCACACUGGAGAUACUCUCCGUACUAGAGACACUCCCACCAUGGACCCCGACAGCCUGUGUGUGCAGAGAAAACUCUGUCUGCCCCUAGGUCCUCUCAGUCUUCGAGCGCCUCUCCCUUUGUACCCAGACACACCUUUCUCCUCGUGGACCAAGAUGCCUCCCUCCCCCACCCUGAGGGCCACCCACGAGCUCCAAGCCCCCCCCCCCCAGUAACUCUCAGGACCCUGCCCAGAUGUGCCGAAAUACACAUCCACCUGGGUGCCUCCGACUGAGGUCCCUCUCCCUCCUGUACCGUAGUCCACACCGCCCCCACUAAUGACCCCUGAGAGCCCUCUCUGCUCUGAGGAAUGAAGACCUCCCUGUGGGCUCCUCCUUGGCCCUGGGAGACUCCACCCCAGUUGCCUAGCGACCCUUUCCUGCUCAUCACCAGUCUGGUGGUGCGGCCCGGAGUUACCCCCACCCCUACCCUCAGUCUUCUGCUGCUUCCCCAACACCACCACCCUAGGAGACCUGCACCUUAGGAUCUUUGGCAAUCUCUGUUGCACAGUAAAAACGCAGUAAUUCAGUCCAGCA